AUGCUUAUUGGAUCUGCACCUCUCGGCAAGGACAUUUAUGAAUGGAUUUCAGAUACCCUCCCUAACUGCGAUAUUCGUCAAGGAUAUGGACAGACAGAAACCAGUGCUGCUAGCUUUAUAACUAAAAAAGGGAAAAAUACGUAUAAUUCUGUUGGACAUCCCAUUCCGAGCUUAUCUUUUUGUCUAGUUGCCCAAGAUUUCAACAUCUAUCUUCUCUUCCUCAACGGGCCAACUCUUUUCCGUGAAUAUUACGGUGAUGCUGAGAAGACAAAUGCUGUAUUCGCUAUCGAUUCUAACUCCGGUAAACGAUGGCUUAAUACUAGUGAUCUUGUUAAGCUUGAUGACAAUGGCGCUAUUUCGAUAGUGGGAAGAGGCAAUGACGUAAUUAAAGCAACUGACGGAAUAUAUUACAAUCUCGCUAACUAUGAGGAUGCUAUUAACACAGAAUCUACUGAGGUUCUGCUUUACUAUAACCAAGUGAAAGGCAUUAUGAGCAUCAUUGUUUACCAGACUUCAUACAAAGAGGGACAAUCUAUAACAAAACCAGAAGCAAAAAAAACUUUUUCGGAAAUUAUGAAAAAAGCCAAAACCAAAGAAAUACAACUUCCUCCAGUCCUCACCCCCAGCUUUAUCUAUAUAAGUGAAGUUCCAUUUGAAAAAACAGCAACUUCUAAAACAAAGCGCAUGGCAGCAUAUGAGGAUGUUAAAAAUCACAAAUGCAAAAUGUUUGGACCAUGGUCCUAA